UGUUCCAAGAAAAGCUGCCCGGGGACUGAAAGACGCCUUUCGGACGCCGGAACCUUUGGUUCCCGGCUGUGGGCCCCACCGGCAGCGGCAGGGGCCUUCCGGGGAGAGGAGCGGGCGCGCGGCGAUGGCGGCGGCGCCGGCCCUGAAGCACUGGCGCACUACGCUGGAGCGGGUGGAGAAAUUCGUGUCUCCGCUCUACUUUACGGACUGUAACCUCCGCGGCAGGCUCUUCGGGGACAGCUGCCCGGUGGCCGCGCUCUCUAGCUUCCAGACGCCCGAGCGGCUUCCCUACCAGGAGGCGGUGCAGCAGGAGUUCCGCCCCGCGCAGAUCGGCGACAGCUUCGGCCCCACGUGGUGGACCUGCUGGUUUCGGGUAGAGCUGACCAUCCCGGAGGCAUGGGUGGGUCAGGAAGUUCACCUUCGCUGGGAAAGUGAUGGAGAAGGCCUGGUGUGGCGAGAUGGAGAACCGGUCCAGGGUUUGACCACAGAGGGGGAGAAGACCAGCUACGUCCUGACUGACAGGCUGGAGGAAGGAGACCCCCGGAGCCUGACCAUCUAUGUGGAAGUAGCCUGCAAUGGGCUCCUGGGGGCCGGGAAGGGAACCAUGAUCGCAGCCCCUGACCCAGAGAAGAUGUUCCAAGUGAGCCGGGCUGAGCUGGCUGUGUUCUGCCGGGAUGUCCACAGACUCCUGGUGGAUCUGGAGCUGCUGCUGGGCAUAGCCAAGGGCCUUGGAGAAGACAACCAGCGCAGCUUCCAGGCCCUGUACACAGCCAACCAGAUGGUGAAUGUGUGUGACCCUGCCCAGCCCGAGACCUUCCCGGUGGCCCAGGCCCUGGCCUCCAGGUUCUUUGGCCAACGUGGAGGAGAAAGUGAACAUACCAUCCAUGCCAUGGGGCACUGCCACAUUGAUACAGCCUGGCUUUGGCCCUUCAAGGAGACUGUGCGAAAAUGUGCCCGGAGCUGGGCGUCAGCCGUGCAGCUCAUGGAGCAGAACCCGGACUUCAUCUUUGCCUGCUCCCAGGCACAGCAGCUCGAGUGGGUAAAGAGCCAUUACCCUGGCCUACAUGCCCGGCUCCAGGAGUUCGCCUGCCGAGGGCAGUUUGUGCCUGUGGGGGGCACCUGGGUGGAGAUGGACGGGAACCUUCCCAGCGGAGAGGCCAUGGUGAGGCAGUUCCUGCAGGGCCAGAGCUUCUUCCUGCAGGAGUUUGGGAAAAUGUGCUCUGAGUUCUGGCUCCCAGACACGUUUGGCUACUCCGCACAGCUCCCCCAGAUCAUGCGCGGCUGCGGCAUCAGGCACUUCCUGACCCAAAAACUGAGCUGGAACUUGGUGAACUCCUUCCCGCACCAUACUUUUUUCUGGGAGGGGCUGGAUGGCUCCCGUGUGCUGGCCCACUUCCCACCUGGCGACUCAUAUGGGAUGCAGGGCAGUGCGGAGGAGGUGCUGAAGACCGUGGUCAAAAACCGGGAUAAGGGGCGGAGCAACCACAGUGCCUUCCUCUUCGGCUUUGGGGACGGGGGCGGGGGCCCCACCCAGACCAUGGUGGACCGCCUGAAGCGGCUGCACAAUACGGACGGGCUGCCCAGGUCCGCCCUGGCCCUCCAGCAGCCCUUGGACCUCACUGUGCCCUGGCCUGCAGCCCUGCUCUCCGCUCAAACAUUCGGUCCAGCUCCUCUGAGGGACCUUGCCUCGCUCCAGUCCCGCACCAUUGGCUCUUCCCAGCUUCCACCCUGGGGGUGGGGCGGGGGGGGGAAAGCUGCCCGUGGGAAGGGGCUUAAAUCUACUGGAGACAGAACUCUCCUGGUGUGUCCACAAGUGGCUUUGCGUGGACAGGGAGCAUUCUGGAGGGUGCAGCUGUCUUCUCCGGGGCGACUCUUCUCUGCACUGGAGAGCAGCUCAGGGCAGCUGUGCACGUGGGUUGGGGAGCUCUUCCUGGAGCUACACAAUGGCACCUAUACCACGCAUGCCCAGAUCAAGAAGGGGAACCGGGAGUGCGAGCGGAUCCUGCACGACGUGGAGCUGCUCAGCAGCCUGGCUGUGGCCCGCAGCGCCCCGUUCCUGUACCCAGCAGCCCAGUUGCAGCACCUCUGGAGGCUCCUGCUCCUGAACCAGUUCCAUGACGUGGUGACCGGAAGCUGCAUCCAGCUGGUGGCAGAGGAGGCCAUGUGCCACUACGAAGAUAUCCGUUCGCACGGCAACACACUGCUCAGUGCCGCCGCUGCAGCCCUGUGCGCUGGGGAGCCGGGGCCCGAGGGCCUCCUCAUCGUCAACACGCUGCCUUGGAAGCGCACUGAAGUGUUGGCCCUGCCCAGGCCUGGUGGGGCCCACAGCCUGGCCCUGGUGACAGUGCCCAGCAUGGGCUAUGCUCCUGCCCCUGCCCCCACCUCACUGCAGCCCCUGCAGACCCAGCAACCUGUGUUUGUGGUACAGGAGACCGACGGUUCUGUGACUCUGGACAAUGGCAUCAUCCGGGUGAGGCUGGACCCAACCGGCUGCCUGACGUCCCUGGUGCUGGUUGCCUCUGGCAGGGAGGCCAUUGCUGAGGGCACCGUGGGGAACCAGUUUGUGCUGUUCGAUGAUGUCCCUCUGUACUGGGAUGCAUGGGACGUCAUGGACUACCAUUUGGAGACACGGAAGCCAGUGCUGGGCCAGGCAGGGACCUUGGCAGUGGGCACUGAGGGUGGCCUGCGGGGCAGCGCCUGGUUCCUGCUGCAGAUCAGCCCUAACAGUCGGCUCAGCCAGGAGGUCGUGCUGGACAUUGGCUGCCCCUAUGUCCGCUUCCACACCGAGGUGCACUGGCAUGAGGCCCACAAGUUCCUGAAGGUGGAGUUCCCCGCCCGCGUGCGGAGCCCCCAGGCCACCUAUGAGGUUCAGUUCGGGCAUCUGCAGCGGCCCACACACCACAACACCUCUUGGGACUGGGCUCGAUUUGAGGUGUGGGCCCACCGCUGGAUAGACCUGUCAGAGCACGGCUUUGGGCUGGCUCUGCUCAACGACUGCAAGUACGGCGCGUCAGUCCGAGGCAACGUCCUCAGCCUCUCGCUCUUGCGGGCACCGAAGGCCCCCGACACCACUGCCGACAUGGGACGCCACGAGUUCACCUACGCGCUGAUGCCGCACAAGGGCUCCUUCCAGGACGCUGGCGUUAUCCGCGCUGCCUACAGCCUCAAUUUCCCCCUCUUGGCACUGCCUGCCUCGGGCCCGGCGCCCGCCGCCUCCUGGAGCGCCUUCUCCGUGUCCUCGCCGGCGGUCGUGCUGGAGACUGUCAAGCAGGCGGAGACCAGCCGGCAGGGCCGCACGCUGGUCCUCAGGCUGUACGAGGCCCACGGCAGCCACGUCGACUGCUGGCUGCACACGUCGCUGCCGGUUCAGGAGGCCGUACUCUGCGACCUCCUGGAGCAGCGCGACCCUGCCGGCGACCUGCCCCUUCAGGACUCCCGCCUGAAGCUCACCUUUUCUCCCUUCCAAGUGCGGUCUUUGUUGCUGCUGCUGCAGCCCCCUCCAAACUGAGCCCCUGACGGUGGGGUUUUACGUGUGGAAGGCUUCGGGGGCUCCUCACUUCUGCCUCCCCAGCCUGAAGCAAGGAUCAGUCACCUCUUGAACAAUAAACCCUUGACUCAGGAACCCUGCUAGCAGUAGUUCCUGCUCACUCCC